CGUCUGGUUAGAAUUGUCUCUCCAACUCUCUUCAUAUCCCUCUCUCAAGUUUUCCAAUUAAUUCCAAUUAAAAGGGGAAAAAAGCGCAGUCUUUGGUGGCCCAUUCUUCCCUUUACUUCCCCUUCAUAUACCCUCCCUUGGCUUCGCAUAUCUCAGUCGUCAAGGCCAGAAACGGAAGCAAAGCCACUUCUCUCUUCCUCUCCACCAAGACUCCCUCGCAAGAAACGAAGGUACCCUAAUGGAUCCUUCCUUGGCCAAGCGGCUGUGGCACAUGAUAAGAGCUGCUUACUGCACGCUGCGUAAGGGCUUCUCCAAGCACAAGCUGGUGACGGACGUCCACUUCCUACUCGAGCGCAGCAAGCUCGCCGGAAAAGCCAUCGGGAAUUUGGUCGCCUUCUACCACGACCACGAGCACCACCACCACAUUGGCGCCCAUGUCUCCUCGGCCUUCUCUUGCCGGUCCAUGGACCCCAGCCUGUCCUUCUACAACCCCAAGGAGGUGGAGUUCAGCUGCAGCAACACCCCUUCCUACCCCUCCUUCCUCCUCGCCGCCAAGUGGAAGAACCGCCGCGGCCGCCGCCACGGCUGCUACAACCUCGACGCCGCCGCGAUAGCAAAGCAGCUCGAAAUGCUGCGCUCGGAGAUAUCUGACGCCGAGUCGUCGUCGAUCAUGGCAUCUCCGUCGCCUGCGCCGAUGUGGAGCUUCGGGAAGAGCCCGGCGGGGGUGCGGCAGCUGCGGAUAACGGACUCGCCGUUCCCGAUAAGCGAGGAGGGCGGGGAAGCCGAUGGUCACGUGGACCGGGAGGCGGAGGAGUUCAUCAAGAUGUUCUACGAGCAGCUUCGUCUCCAGCGGAGCCUCCCGGUGACGCCCGAGUAUCAAUGCCGCAAGCCGGCCUGAGAUGGACCCCAUGGAGCUUAGACGCUGUGUAAGUCUACCGAGGACGUGUCUACCAUGGCUUCUUCGGAGCUUCCUUGCUGCUUUCAGUCUGCUUUGGUUGCCGAAGGAGGAGCUGAGGGUGCUGCUGUCCAUGAAAUAUUAUUAUUUGCUGAUUCUUGUGUUCUCAGUUACGGUCUUCACUUCCGUAGUAAAUGUCUACUACCAACACACAUGUUGUGAUGUUAUGUUUCUGUUCUUUACA